UAUCUGUGCUGUCGUCGAGCCACCGCAUCGCUGUCAUCCUCCUCCUUCUUCAGGCUUCAGCAGCUUAGCUCAGGAAGUCAAUGGUGGUUGCCGAUCUUACUCUUUUCUGAAAACCCUUUUCUUCUUCUUCUUCCUCCUCUCUUACUCAUAGAACAUAGAAGAAGAAGAUGGCAAACGUGGAAGAGUCUGAUAAUCCAUCUUCAUCCAUUCAGGAGCCUUUUCUUUCCAAGCCCUAUUCUCCUCCACCCUCAAUCAAUGAACCAACCAUCUCUGACCCAGAUCAAUCACAGUUUCUCCAGAUAUCUUACAAUUCUGGCCCAAGACCCUUUAAAGACAUCGCCUUUCUCAUCCUUUUCCUUCUCCUCCUUCUCUGCACUUUCGGCUUCGGCAUAUUCGCAGUCGUCAGCCACAAUCCCAACUCUACUAUCGUCUCCUCCUUCGUCUACGACUCCAAUUCCACCUCCUGUGUCAAUGAUUCCUUAACCACCUCUUUUUCAAAUCACCCAUUUCCCUUUACUAUUUCUCUCGCUCUCCUUUCCUCGAGCUCCGAUCUAGUCAAAGUUAUGGUUUGGACCCUUGUAAUUACUCUAAUCCUGAGUGGACCCUUGGCGCUUUUUAUCCUCUGGUUACUUAAACGUUAUACCAAGCAGCUUGUCUACGUUUCCCUCCCAUUCUUUGUCUUAAUACCCGUUUCACUAAACGUUUACUGGUUCGCAGCCUGCACUGUUAGCUCUACUUGUAGUGACGAUUUCCCUUUGGCUUAUCGUAUUCUAGUAUUCAUCUUCGUGUUUUUGGUGAUUGCUGUUCUUGUUUGGAUUAUUUACAUCAAUUGGAACAGAAUUGAACUGACUGUGAAGAUAAUUGGGAUUGCUGCCCAUGCUUUGUCACAGAAUUUGGGCCUGUUUGCCGUUCUUCCAGGUCUGAUAGUGGGUUUGCUAGUUUAUUAUGUGCCAAUUGUUGUGUUUUUGGUGUUUGCAAGUAGGAAUGGGAAGAUUGUGGCUAGAGUGAAGAAUGAAGAGUAUUACUGUGCUUGGAAGGUAGAUAGUUGGGUCCCUGCUUAUUAUGCCUUUGCAAUUAUCCAUAUGCUGUGGUCUGCUUCGGCUUUGAUCGAAGCACAUACUUAUGUAACGAGCGGAACUAUUGCUCAAUGGUAUUUCAAUAAGGACGGCUCCACUCCGAAAAAGAGUAUUCGAAACUCUCUGAGGCAUGCCUUUGGAACAUCAUCGGGAACAAUAUGCAUAUCGGGAUUACUCUUUCUCAUUGUCCGAAUGGUGAGGGCUUUGGUGGAUGCGGCGAGACAAGAGAAUAAUAGUACUGCUUCAGGAAUAAUAAACAUGAUCCUUCAAUGCUGUGUUAACACUCUCUUGUCUGCUAUUGAUUUUCUCAACAAAUUCACAAUCAACUUUGCUGCUAUAACCGGAGAAGCAUACUGCACAUCUGCAAAGAUGUCUUAUGAGCUUCUAAAACGCAAUCUUCUGUCAGCUGUUUUCGUAGAGACAGUGUCAACGCGCAUUCUUGGAGGCAUUGUUUUCGUUCUCUCAGCAGUUUAUGCUAUCGCGGCAUGUGGGGUUGUGAAUGGGGUCAGCGAACUCGGGGCAGAUUCAUAUUUUGUAGGGGGAAUGGUAUGGGUGUUGCUGAUUGUUAUCCUCGGUUAUUUCGUGCAUGUUGUGGAUGAGGUUAUAGAGUCCGUGUAUAUAUGUUAUGCCAUUGAUAGGGAUAGAGGUGAUGUAUGUAAGCAGGAGGUUCAUGAAGUUUAUGUGCAUCUACCUAUCAGUCGACUGAGCCAUCCAUCCUCUCUAGUUUAACAUUGAUUGAUUCGAGUUUGUGUAACUAACUGUAUACUGCGUUUAAAUUUGUUGAACAUUUGUAUA